GAAAAAGAUUGGAAUAAAUAUUAAAAACCAAAACAAAAAAGAAAGGGAACGUGAGAGAUAGAGACGGCGGCGAGUGGCGGAGGAGGAGUUGCUGUUUCUUCUUCUUCCUUAGUGAUUAAGUAAAAAUGGAAACAAGUAGUUGCUUUGAUUCAGACUCUAACACACAUGAUCAUACCAAUAAAAAUGCAAACCUUGGGUUGCUUCUCCCUGAAGACUUGAUGUUUCGUAUUUUUACUUUGGUUCCUCUUAACUUUCUCCUUAACUCUGUAAGGUAUGUUUGCAAAUCUUGGGCUGCUGCUAUUUCCAACUCCCGUUUUAUUGAAGCGUGCCAACUCUUUCAUGUGCGUUCUAAACCCGGUCUUUACAUUGAAAAUCGCAAGUCAAGAAAUAGAUCUUAUUUCUUGGAAUUUAAAGAUGAUGUGAAUGGCCAAUUUGAAAGGACUGACUUGGGAACACCGAAAAAAAUGGGACAUUUAAUCGCUACUUGUGAUGGCAUUUUGCUUCUUUUGAAUACAUUUAAGCAAGUUUUUGUUGUGAACCCCAUCCUCAAGUGCUGGCUUAGAAUUCCUCGUUUUCCGUUUUCUCGGAAUGAUCAAGUAUUUCCGUGUCAAUGUACUAUAACAUGUGUUCCUCGUACUGCCAAAUUCAAGCUUUUCCAUGCAGAUGUCCUUGAGAUUUCUGGUGCUUAUUCGUAUGUUUUCUAUGUGCUGAGAAUUGGAAUUGAUAGCUCAUGGAAAGAGAUAGCUAGAAAAGAAGCAUUCCGAACAUUCAAUCGGUUGUAUUUUUCAUCAAGACCACUUUAUAAUGGAGGCAAUGAUCUUUACUGGAUAACAAAUGCGGAAGUGAUUGUGAUGGAUAUUGACAAGGAAAUUGUUGUACGAGAAUAUCCUCUUCCUCGUAUAACCGUGGACCCGUUUGAGAGAUUGGUAACGAUGUAUUCUAGCGUCCCGUUUGAGAUGUUUUUACAUAUGGGUGACCGUCUUUCUCGCAUUGUGUCUAUAGAUUCUUAUAGAACAUAUCAAAUCUAUAUAUUUGAUUUUGAUUCAGGAAAUUGGUCUCUUUAUCAUGAGAUGAGACCUUUUGAUUAUAUGACUGCUUCUGGUCAUAAUCUUAAUCCUAGAAGUGUGUCAUUUCGUAUGUGGAUCAAUGAUCAAAUUAUAUUUCAAGUAGGUCUACAUAAAAGUCAAACAGGAAGUAUGUCUUCACGCAAAAACAUUCAUUUUGGUUACAAUGUGAAGACCAAACAAUUGACAAAGAUAGAGGAUGUUAUGGUGGGAGAUUUUGAAGUAUGGCUUCACACUAACAGUUUAGUUUCUCUGCCAACUACUCUUCAUGGCUAAGUUUCUUGGUAUAGGAUAUAUGCAAUACUAUUCUGUUUAUUUAUCUUAGAUGAAUAACAAGUAUUUAUGUUUCAACUUUGAAAAACGAGUGUUCCAUUGCUUUGUGGUUUAAUCUGUUGUGGGUUGAAAAAUUGGAGUUCUCACUUAUGACCAGAAAUUCUUAUGAACGAUACUCAUAGAUUCUGUAGAAAAAAAUGAUGACUUUACACUAUAUAUUGUUAUAUGAUCUGAUCCUCUGAUUUUUGAGUUGCAGCUCUAUUUUGGAACUUAUAAGUAUUAUCUUGAAAAGUGGAUUAGAAGAUUCCAUCCAAAAUUUUUUGAUGAGUCAUUUAUUUAGAUUUGUGUUGAAGUUAUACUUGAAAAUCAUUUUGAAGACUGUUUCUUUCAUUUAUAUUUAUAUGUUUAUGUUGAAGCACGAUUUUAGUUUCAUUGACCCCUGGACUACACAAACUUCAAAAUCCAAUAUUAUCACAAUUACACUUCUUUUCGUCUACUCUAUUUUCAUCUAAAUAAUGUUGUGAUUGCCAAAUAGUCUCAAUCAUUUUUGUGAGUGUGCUCAGAUUCGUAGUAAAAUGAUAGAUACAUUUUUCUUUUGCGAUAUAAUCCAAGUUGUAUACAUUUGUAAAUUAGUUUUUAUAAUUCAAUAAUACAAUCUUUAUUUUCAUUCUCUCUCUCUCUCAUUGCUUCUCUCACUCAAAGUGCACUACGAACUAACAAAUUGGUAUAGAGUUUUGAUUAUAAUCUUGGUCUUUUUUCAAGAAUCACACGUCAGUGAUCGUGUUUUCGGGAUCGUGGAUUGUUAAUCAAUCGAUGCAAAGAUGAAUGGUACUAACGGUAUUAUGAAUUCUCUUCCAACUCCAGAUGGCAAAAAUUGGAAUCGAUGGGAAAAACAUAUGAAGUCCUUGUUCGAUUUUCAAGAAGUCUUGGAAGUGGUCAAUAAUGGCGUCCCUGAACUUGCUUAGGAUGCAACCGAUGUGUAGAAAACUGCACACAAGGAGGCGAAGAAGAAAGAUUGCAACGUUGCGUAUUGCAUUCAAUCGGCGGUAGAUUCGGCGAAUUUUGACAAGAUCUCUCAUGCUGAAUCAACGAAGGAAGCAUGUGAUAUUAUUGUCAAGUACUGUGAAGGAGGUGAGAAAGUCAAAGUCGUAAAAUUCUAAACUUUGCGACGGCAAUAUGAACUGCUGCAUGUGUGAGAAGAUGAAAAGAUUAUAAUCCAUGUGUCGAAGGUGCAUAAUCUCGUCCAUCUCAUGAAGGGUUGUGGUGAAAUUCUA